AUGUAUUUAAAUCAAAAAGAAAUAGAUGAAAGCCUUAAAAUUUGUUAAGAUGAAUUUAAUGAGAAUUCUAUUUUAAAAUAGUAAACUGUUUCUAUUUAUUUAAAUAAUUUAUAAUUUACUUGGCCAAAUAGAAUUUAAACUAAAUAAGAUUUUGAAAAAUAAAUAGAUGAAAAAAAUGAUAUUUAAAUCAAGUUAUUGGAUAAUAACGAUGACUAAAUAAAUUAAGACUUUAAACUCAUAAUAGAUAAUUUAAUAAUAAACAAAGGAACUUUAAAUAUAAUUGUUGGCUAAAUUGGAUGCGGAAAAAGUGCUUUUUUGUAAUCUAUUUUAAAUGAAAUGGAUUGCUAAAUAAAUAAUAAUGUUAAUUAGGGCUAAAAAUAAAUAAUUGUUAAUGGAAAUAUAGCUUAUGUUUCUUAAAAUCAUUGGCUCUAGACUAAAACUAUAAGAGAAAAUAUUUUAUUUGGGAAAGAUUUUGAAUAAGAAUGGUAUGAUUAAUGUGUUGAAGUAUGUGAUUUAUAGAUUGAUUUUGGAUAUUUUUGGAAAAAAGAUUAGAAGGUAAUAGCUUCUGGGGGAAGUAAUUUAAGUGGAGGGCAAAGAUAAAGGAUUGCAAUUUGUAGGGCUAUUUAUUCAAAGAAAGAUAUAUAUUUAUUUGAUGAUAUUUUUUCCAGUUUAGAUGCUCAUGUGGUUGAAAAAAUAUUCGAAAAAGCCAUUAUAGGUUUACUUAUUUAAAAAUUGAGAAAAACUGUGAUUUUUGUAACUAGUCAUUAUGGCGUAAUAAAAUUCGAUAUCUAUCUAUAAUAUUUUAAAUCCAUGAAUUAUUUUAUAUUUUUUUUGUAUUUAUUAUUUAUUGCUUUUAAUCAUGUAGUUUAAUUCUUUAUUGAUUUUUGGCUAAGAGACUAUGUUUCUAAAGAUUAAAAUUCAUAUUUCUAUGAAUUUAUGAAUCGUUUUUUCAAUUAUAAUUUCGAGGAAACUUUCCUUUUCUAAAUUUAUUUAAUUUUAUUAAUAAACGUUUUCAAUUGUUUAUUUUAUUUCUUGAGUUCAAUCUUAAGUUGUUAGUCUAUAUUUAAGAAACUUAAUAAGAGUAUAAUAUACAGUAAAAUGAGCUUUUUUGAUAAAAACCCCGUAGGGAGGAUUGUUUGUAGAAUUUCGAAUGAUGUAGGAUAAGUAGAUCAUGAUAUUCCAUUUUCUUUUCACGAAACUUUAAAUUAAUUUAUGAUUGUUUAAUAUUUCAAAAAUGAUUUGGAAAAACCUGAAGAGGUUUUGUAAGGAAAUUUAGAAGAAAAUGAGUUAAAUAUUGAAGAAAAAAGUGGAAAUUAUGAUAUUAUUUUUAAAGAUUUAUACAUUACAUAUGAUCAAGUAACAAAUAUUGACAAAAAUUAAAAAGACAUACAAUUCGCAUUGAAAAAUAUUAACUUAAAAAUUAAAAAAGGAGAAAAAAUUGCUUUUUGUGGAAGAACAGGAAGUGGGAAAACUUCAAUUUUGAAUAUAAUUUUUAAUUUAUAUCCAUUUUAAUUUGGAAGUAUUUUUAUUGAUGGAAAAAAUAUUAAAUAGUACUCUAUUAAGGAAUUAAGAUCAAAAAUGUCAAUUAUUCCUUAGUUUGGAUUCUUAUAUAAUAGUAGCUUGAAGGAUAAUUUAGAUCCUGAUAGUUUUUUUUCAAAAGAAGAUGUUGAAUAGAAGAUUAAUUAAACGAAUUUAAAAUUAAACAUUUAAAAUGAAUAAUAAUAAGAAAUCAAUGAUAAUUAAAAAAUUGAUUUAGAUUAUAAAGUGGAAAACGGAGGAAAUAAUUUAUCUAAUGGAUAGAAAUAAAUUAUAAAUUUUUUAAGAAUUAUUUUAAGGGAUACUGAUAUUAUUUGCUUAGACGAGGCUACGUCUAAUAUGGAUCCUUAGACAGAUUAGGAAUUACAUGAUUAGUUAUUUAAACUGGCAGAAAAUAAAACUCUUUUAGUUAUUACUCACAGAUUAGAAAAUAUAGAUAAAUUUGAUAGAGUUGUCGUUUUGGAUAAUGGAAGUAUUGUUGAAUGUGGACAUGUUAGUUAACUAAGAUAAAUUAAAGACGGAUUUUUUAAUAGAUUAUUAAAACAUUGA